AUGUCGCCCUUCUUUAUUGAGAAGGCGGCGUCUUCCCUCUCCAACCACAUCACCGAAAUCAAGAAACUGCGAUCUGGUGACCUUCUCAUCAAAUGCACAUCAGAGACAGACUGCAAAAAGAUACUGAACGCCCGAGAAAUGCUUGGUAUCCCCAUAUGUGCUUCCUUGCAUAAGACCUUGAAUACGUGUCGUGGUGUGAUAGCUGUUGCUGAGCUGAUCGAUGUCCCAGUAGAGGAGAUCCUUGAAAACCUAAAGGAGCAGGCAGUAAUCGAUGUUCGAAAGCUUAAGAUAAGGAAAAACAAUGAAUAUAUUAUCACCAGAAAUGUUGUCCUUACUUUCGACCGUCCUUCACUGCCUGAUAAAUUGAAAGUUGGAUAUUUGUCUGCGGAGGUCCGUCCGUAUAUCCCAAACCCUCUUCGUUCCUUUAAGUGCAAUCGUUUUGGGCACGCUGCUGAUGCCUGCCGUGGGUCGUCGUGCUGUGCUCGUUGUGGCCAGCAGGGCCAUGAUACGAAAGAGUGUAGAGGGCCUGAUUGUUGUGUGAACUGCACUAAUGAUCACCCCUCUUACUCGAGAUCCUGCCCUAAAUGGAAAUUAGAAAAGGAGAUUUUACGUAUCAAGGUUAUUGAAAACAUCAGUUACCCCGAAGCAAGGAAAAGAGUAUCCCCUUUCAUCACACAGAUAUCCUUCUCGGCAGUGCUUCAACAGAAACCAAAGAUGGUAACUGUACACACGCAAACAGAUGUUCCACAUAGUAACCAACUAUCAGCAGGUGAAGAUGGGGUAAAAAAGAAGCCCCAAGAUGAAACUGCGGUAGUGACUGCGACAGCAGUCCUACCCUCGUCAUCACCCUCCAUGGAGGCGGGCUCUAUGGAGUGUGAUGAUGAUUCGAGCUCGGAGCUCUCCUUGGGGAGCACGAGCUCACCAUUUCUGACACCCGCACGAGGAAACCUCUCGAGGAGUGAUUCUCUCCCCGAGAUAUCGGAGAAGGAUUUGGCGGAGGCCAGAAGAAAACCCCGGAAGCCAAGGAUUACUCCUCCCCAGAGGAGUAAGACCUAG